AUCGAUUUUGACGAAAGCGUUAAAGAAGGUCGGAUUGUUGUCAAACUGCAUGUUGAUGAGGAACUUGAUCACAUGAAAAGAACAUACGACGGUUUGGAUGACUUUUUGUUUGAAGUUGCACGUGAAAUUAGCUCAUCGAUUCCCACUGAGUUUGCAUCCACUCUGAACGUAAUUUAUUUCCCCCAAUUGGGAUACCUUGUCACUGUCCCGUUGAAACCAGAAUGGAGGGAUGAAGAGGAUUUUAAAAUCGAUGGAUUGUACUAUCAAUUCAGUACUGCUACUACUGUUUACUAUAAAAAUGACAGGAUGAGAGAACUUGACGAAUACUUAGGUGAUAUACAUGGUCUUAUUGUUGACCGUGAAAUUGAAAUAAUGCAGAAACUUCAAGACCGCAUAUUAGAAUAUGUUCCAUUAUUUUUAAAUUCUAGUGCUGUUUGUGCUGAGCUUGAUUGUAUAUUGUCUUUUGCGGAAUCUGCAAGACGUUAUGGAUAUAAUCGACCUAUUGUAACAGAUGAAAAUAUUUUAAUAAUUGAAAAAGGAAGACACCCAUUGCAAGAACUUUGCAUUAAUGUUUUUGUUGCUAAUGACACGAGACUUGUUGGAGGUAGAGGGACAUUGGACGACGAUGAGAUGUACGAGGACAGCCUUACUGAUGAAAAAGACACUUAUAAUAGUGUCAUGUUAUUAAGUGGUGCUAAUUAUUCAGGAAAAAGUGUAUAUUUGAAGCAAGUCGCAUUGAUCGUUUAUAUGACGCAUAUUGGAAGCUUUGUGCCAGCAGAGUCGGCUACUAUCGGCCUAACUGAUAAAAUUUUUACUCGUAUUCAGACUAAAGAGACAAUUCAAAGUGCAUUCAUGAUUGAUCUUCAACAAAUAUCGAUUGCACUUCGUAAUUCGACAUCAAGGUCUUUGUUGAUCUUCGACGAAUUCGGGAAAGGAACUGGCUCUACAGAUGGUGCUGGUUUAUUUUGUGGUGUCAUGGAGCAUCUAUUAAAGCGCAGUAAAGAUUGCCCGAAAGUAAUUGCAGCAACACAUUUUCAUGAAAUUUUUGAGAAUAAUCUCCUUCCUCAAUCUUUCCCGAUUUCACUAACUACUAUGGAAAUCAUGGACGAUGACAAGGAUGAAGAUCUUGGUUUCAGUCUUAUACCCGGUCGGAGUACUUCAUCUUGGGGCACAUUUUGUGCUACACUAGCCGGUGUUCCCCCUAAUAUUGUUAAAAGAGCAACACAUUUAUCUCACCUUUUUUCUCGAUACGAAUCUAUCCCACCGCCUUUCGUCAACGAUCAUGAACGUCGUUUGUAUGCUACCUGCGAGCAAGUGGCAAGAAAAUUCUUGGAAUUGGAUCUAGAAAAAGCGGAUACAGACAUAAAUAAUUUUCUGGAAUGGGUAGGCAGAGAAUGUGGAUAA